CUCCCGCGCAAAUACGUUAAUGAGCGGAACGACAUGAUCCCAGCGUUCGAGGUAGCUCUGCGUGAAACGCUAUCAACCGAUAUGUCGCUUCUCAUGAAGCUGCUGCGUUCAUCAUGCGCCGUGCUAUCUUUGCGAUUCUUGGCGUUGCUUGUUGGAAAUCAAAUUGCGUCUGUAAACGCACACGUCGCCCGAAAGAUUAUGUUGACGCCUAUUGAUGAUGGAGGACCGAAGAAGCGCAAGUCGCUGACGAUUGUUACGCUAUGUGGUGGAUACCUCGGGUAUUCUGUGGAAAAAGCUCCUGGCAUUGCGUACUGGUCUCUGCAGAUCUUACAACAAGCUGCCGUGGAAUCGGUGACCGACGAGUUGCAAAAGUCGCUUUUUACUGCUGCGUUGCUUCUCAUUCGUCACUUGAGUAAGAUUAACCGCCAGAGUCACGCCACUGAUGGAGAUACAGACAUGGAAAGUGUGGGUCCACCCAAGCCGCUUUUGCAAGCUGCCCGGGAUGUGGAAAAGCGAAACCUGACUGUGUUCCACCGCGCGAUGGAGACGGAACUUGUGGAGAUUGUUCGUUUGACAAGCUUGCUCCUGACCAAGUGGACCAGUUCUCUGACGGACCGCGACGCCAUCCUCGUAGUGAACAGCGUGCGAUAUGUCGAUGAGGAGCAGCUCGUGCCUCUGCUGGCGUUCAUCCCCCCUAGCGAAGCGCGCUCGAUGAACAGCGAUCUGGGACUGGGCCAUCUCAGUCUCGCGAUGGACUUCAUGCUCGACCAGCUCCUCGCGGACGAGGACACUCAGCCAAAGAACGCGAAGUCGAUUGCAGUGUUGGCAAACGCCAUUGACACGUGCGCACUGCUCUUCCUGAAGACGUAUUUACUCCAUGCAGAGCAGUUCGAGCUUGUAAAGCGCGACCGUGAAGAGCUCAGCCACUUCGUCCGCCAGUUCACUGCCCGACUGACCGGAGACAAGAGCGGUGCUACCGUCGGCAUUGACUCGGAAUUGCUUGGACAAAUUCAGAAGGUAUGUGCU